GGGAAGAGGAAGAAUGGUCAGGGGAGGGAGAGAGAGGGGAAGGGUUUCCAAACUUGUCUCCAGUGACAUGAGACAUUUACGCUCCGCAAGAUAAAACUGCCACUUAGAGCCCAGGAGAGCUAAACUUUCCUGGGUUGGCCUGGGGGCUUGAGCAGAGUCAUGGGUUCUCUGGCCCUGCAGCUGUGCGCUCUCCUCUGCCUGGUGGCUCACUCUGUUUCUGGCAGCCCCAUCAUGAGCCUGGAGCAUUCGCCUCUGGAAGAAGAUAUGUCCCUCUUCGAUGAUGUCUUCUCAGAGCAAGAUGGUGUUGACUUUGACACACUUCUGCAGAGCAUGAAGAAUGAGUUUCUCAAGACAUUGAACCUGUCUGACAUCCCUAUGCAGGAUUCAGCCAAGGUUGACCCACCAGAGUACAUGCUGGAACUCUACAACAAAUUCGCCACGGACCGAACCUCUAUGCCAUCUGCCAAUAUCAUUAGGAGUUUCAAGAAUGAAGAUCUGUUUUCCCAACCAGCCAGUUUCCAUGGGCUACGAAAAUACCCUCUCCUCUUCAAUGUGUCCAUCCCUCACCAUGAAGAGGUCAUCAUGGCUGAACUCAGGUUGUACACACUGGUGCAAAGAGAUCGCAUGAUGUAUGAAGGAGUGGACCGAAAAAUUACCAUUUUUGAAGUACUAGAGGACAAUGGGGACAAUGAGGGUGAAAGAAACAUGCUGGUCUUGGUGUCAGAGGAGAUCUACGGAACCAACAGUGAGUGGGAGACUUUUGAUGUCACCAAUGCCAUCAGACGUUGGCAAAAGUCAGGUUCAUCCACCCACCAGCUGGAAGUCCACAUUGAGAGCAGACGCGACAAAACCGAGGACACUGGCAGGGGACAACUGGAAAUAGACACCAGUGCCCAGAAUAAGCAUGACCCUCUGCUUGUUGUGUUUUCUGAUGACCAAAGCAGUGAGAAGGAACGGAAGGAGGAACUGAAUGAAAUGAUCACCCAUGAGCAACUUCUGGAGCUGGACAACCUGGGCCUGGGCGGUUAUUCCAACGGACCUGGGGAAGAGGCUUUGCUGCAAAUGAGGUCAAACGUCAUCUAUGAUUCCACUGCCCGCAUCAGAAGGAAUGCCAAAGGAAAUUACUGCAAGAAGACCCCACUCUACAUCGAUUUCAAGGAGAUUGGCUGGGACUCUUGGAUCAUCGCCCCACCUGGAUAUGAAGCCUAUGAAUGCCGUGGUGUUUGCAACUACCCCCUGGCAGAGCAUCUCACACCCACAAAACAUGCAAUUAUCCAGGCCUUGGUCCACCUCAAGAAUUCCCAGAAGGCUUCCAAAGCUUGCUGCGUCCCCACCAAGCUAGAGCCCAUCUCCAUCCUCUAUUUAGACAAAGGUGUUGUCACCUACAAGUUUAAAUACGAAGGCAUGGCUGUCUCUGAGUGUGGCUGUAGAUAGAAAAGGAGUCGCGUAGCUUAUUUAAUAACUGUAAAUGUGUAUAUUUUGUGUUCUUAUUUAAUAAGAUUAUUUAAUAAGGGUGUACAGAUCAUAGAAGUCGCUACCUUUGGGAAAUGGAUAGGUCAGUUUGGUGAAGGAAAUGCAUAUUUUGCUAUACAGUCUCACCCCUUCCAAUCUGUUUUUCUUUGGACUUGUCAUUUCCUGACAAUGCCAUCUCUAACAGCAAGUGGCAAGCCCAUACUACUUGUCAUCUAUGUCAACUUGAAAACAACAACCCCUAAGCAGAAAUACUGUGUAGAAAGAUAAGAUAUUUGUGUAUGUAUAUGUGUACAUAGAUAAACUUAUAAAACUCUUUUCGUUCCAUAGAAAUAGAUUAGGCUCACUCAUAUGUAUGACUCAAUCAAAUGUGUAUUAAACGCCACUGGUAUGUUCUCAGUCACCUCUUCUCUGAGUAGGGUUGUCAAACUGUCAAGAUCAUUUGCACCAGGAAUUUCAUCCUAGGAAGUAGUACAUUUCCUAAAUACUAUUAGGAAUGUAGGUGUGGCUUUUGUCAGUUGAGUUUCUGAUGUUGCUCAGAGCAGCAGGGCCUGGUAAAGGAUCCUGCAUGUUUGAGGAGACUGGUUAUUGAUACAAACCAAAUAGCUUAGAGAAGCAAUGGUCUUAAGGUACAAUAGCAAAGAAUGAACCCAUUGGGCAACAGUGUGCUCUAGAGGGGAGUGCCUGGUCAAGAAAGGGAAACAGGGAGGACUUCAGGGUGACAUCCUUUCCUGAGGGAAAAGGAAAGCAAGACCAUGCAUGUUGACCUUUAUUGCUGCAGGGGGUUCAGGAGGUAAGAGGCGGCUCAUAGGGGAGGAGAGGAAAAGGACUUAAAUACUAUCCUAAGAUGUGUUUGUAGAAUUAUAAGCAGUUCUAAUUGGAGAAUGAAAUCUUUCGGACAAAAUAAAAUUAUCAAAGACCAAAAGGAGGACAAUCGGGUGGGAUCUGUCUGUUGGAUCUUCGCUUCUUAAUAUUUUUCACCAAUUCUUAAUAUUUCUCCCUUGCCUCUGCACCGCCCCUCUUGCUUUUCCCACCUUUUCUCUCCCCUCUUUCCUCUUUAUCCCAGCGCCUCAUGUCUUUCUCCCAUUUCUGUGUCUCUUGUCUUCAUUGGCCUUCAUUGCUCCUCCUGUGAGCUGGAAGGGGAUACCUGACAGCAUCUCUUUCUAGAUAAAUGGAGUUGGUGCUCUCAUUUCCAGAUUUUGCCCUGAUAUUUAAUUUGAUUUUCUCUUAAUAAUACCCUUUAAGAAAAGUUUUGUUCAUGAAGAAUACUUAAGGAAAAGGAAAUGAGAGUUCUAAUGGGUCCAUCUAAACAAAUGAAUAAAUAAACACACAAGCAAAUGACUUGAAAGCUAAGCCUGCAGUUUGAAACCAGCUUUGCCCCAUGGUAGAAAGCCUGUAGCCUUCCCAUUCUUCCCUUUCUGCAGUCUUCCUGUUUUGGAACUGGCCAGAACUAAGAGCCUGGGAAGUGUUCCUGAUAGGAACGCCUGGUAGGUCUCCAGUAGUUGGUCAGUUAGUUGGAAGGACACUGAGACUCUGGUGUGGUCUUAGCUGUGCCCCUCCUCUGCCCCCUCCCCCAUCCCCUGCCUGCAAGAUCAUGGGCUUUCUGCAGGAAGAACCAGAGCUGAGCAUUUCUCACACUGUUCUGACACCUCCAGGCAGAUGACACAGAUGGUUCACACUAUAAUCAGGAAUGUGAUUUCCAGUACAUUGUCCCCCACUCACCCCGUUGGAUGCUUCCUUAAGAAUUCUGGCUUUUUUUUUUUUUUCACCCUGGGAAACCAUCGGCAUCCCUUUCAAAAAACUCUUGGGGUUAUAAACUCAUAUUGUACUAGUAAAUAGAGCCAAGGAAGCUAUUUUGAAGGACAUUUUGCCCAAUUUGGACCUCACCUCUGUACACUCGGGUACACAGAUUCUGAGAGCAAACAGAGGGCAGAUGCUGGGGAAUUCAUUGCCCCAAAAAAGUGAUAUUCUGAUCAUCAGAGAGUAUAUAAUGAGAGACAAUUUGAGAUGGCCAUGCAACUCAGAAUCAUUCAUUUAUGGAGUAGCCUCCAUAUGUAAUGGUGUGUGUGUGUGUGUGUGUGUGUGUGUGUGUGUGUGUGUGUGUAAGUGGCUUCGGAUAGUCACACUUAGAGCCCUCAGUGGGAUUGGUACACCCUCUACAGCCAUGGUGCACUGUAUACUCAUAUAUUCUACGGUACAUCUUAUAAAGGACACUGUAAUAGACAUACAUUAAAACCUCUGCUGAGCAAGAUAGUGUUGGUUAGAUAAAAACCAAGCAAAAUUUUCUUUAUAUCUAAAAAUAUAUGGUGUGCUAGUAAGUGCUUCACAGCCAGCAAUCCUGGGAGAAAUACGCCCUGAUUUGUGGAUCUCAGUGGUGUAAAUACUCCCACCGUGGCCUAUGUCAAGCUACCAAUGUGAUGUCAACUGGCUUGCAAAGUUCCUGAAUACUAACGGUCAGCUCUCGGGAGCUAUUCUUGCACGCGCUGGCACCCUGCUGCUAUUAACAUCUUGCUGUUAGAACAUAAGACAUACAGGCCCUGUUUUCCUCACACCCUCUGCUGACUUUGCCAGGUUCCUGGAGAAACCUUGUCUUGGGUGCGCUUAUAAUCACCCUUCUGUUAAAGAGGUGAAAAUCUAGGCUGCCCACAAUUAGGCUGCAUAUCACAGAUUCGUCUCCUUUUACCACAGUCCAGAUGUAAACAUGCAUGUCUAUGAUUUCUUCCUCCCUACUAAAGAGGGUCCACAUACAUAUUGGUUAUUCAAAUAUUGCUAGUGGCAUUUUUUUUUGCUUUCUUUUCAUCAAAAAAUGAAAAGACAAACCAUAAAGAGUCCUUCCAGCUCCCAUCAGGCCUCUUGCAGCAUGCCUGAAGUUCUCCAACAUCGCUGUAUUAAUGUGAAGCCACGAAAUUGUCAGAUCCUUGCGAAAGUAGAGCUCACUAAUAUCUUCUCUAGUCACAGGCCUUGGCUACAUCUCACGCCAGUCUCCUUCAUACGUUUAUGGCUGAAUUAUCAUCACUGAAGUUCAUAAAUCCAAAUGACUCUCAAGGAGAAUGGUAGCAGAGGGAUUUGGGCCACCAAUAACCAAACUAUUCAUGUAAAAACUUCUAGGUGUCCUGCUAUUUAUUGAUGGAUAUAUUUAUUUUUGUAAUAUAGUGUAGAAUACCAAAUAUUUUAUUUUUAUGUUUGUGAUUCCCUCUUGAAUAUAAUAGUCUUCUGUGCUUUUCAAAUAAUACCUUCCUUGGAGUAUGGCUCCUUUACAACACAUGGCCUGUAUUCUCACUCUCUUUGCAUCAGAAUUUCCUGUUAUUUUUAGGGAGCCUUGCCAUGAGCUUACGAUCACCUUGUAUAUUUGUGUCUUGUAAGUAUGCUGUGAGCUCCUUGCCAUAUUUACUGAUUUGUAAAUAGGACAGUUUUAACUGAAUAGUAGGUAUUCCAGAAAAUAUUUAACCAAUAAUUCAUCAUGUGGGUUUCAUGAGUUGACACUGUCAUUUUUCCAUUAGAAGCAAAUGUUUGUCAAGCUGUGAGGGGCUGUGAUUGCUGUUCAGCAUUUAAUUGGGGCUUUUCAUUCCCAAACUAGCUGCUGUCCCUCUGACUGUAUCCAUUGCCUUUACUGACUCACCAAUUCAGAGACUUGAUUGGACAACCCAUUUGUAAUUGGGCCAAUGACUCUCUAAAUGUAAAAAAGUGUUCAUAUAGUCAUUCCCAAAAAAGUCCAUGUCAAAGUACCCAAUUUUUCCUCUGUGUAUAAUUUUUGACCUGGGACAUUAAUGGUAAUUACUUUUCCCAGAACUGUCAAUAAUUGUUUGGGUAUGCUUUUGAAUCUGUAUUCUUUAAGUAAAAGGUAUUUCCAUAGAAAGGGAUUUCACAUAUUACUUCUUACUGGACUCAUCAACAGCCCACACAGCCCAGCAGUGUUGUGGCAAAAUCAUGUACAAAUUCUUCUAUAACACAGAAGGGACAUUGCCCUUGUUAAGGAUUAUGGAUCUUUUCAAAGAGACACCAUGGGUUGUAUUCGGCCUCUGUCAUCUGGUGAAAAAGGAAUACUACUGUGAUUUCUUGUCCCCUGAAAAACACGAUUGAUUUCACACAUUAGACAGUAGGUAACACUGUUCCAUAGCCACUGGUAUGGGUGUGGAAGUAUAUCCGUAAGUGUAUAACCUCAUCAGGGAAUGCUUGUUUGUUAUGAUCAGCAUGCUUCCGUCACACACGAGCUCUUGUUCUGUGAGUGUCUGGCCCGAUUGCAGUGAGAACAUGGACAUGCUCGUGCCAACCUAACCAACUUCCACAAACACAGAAAAUCAGCUAAUACCAUAGUCACAUCAAUCAGUUGAAGCACAUUCAUUUUCGUGUUCAUUACCUAUGUCCAAAUUUAUGUAGGAAUCACCAGACUAAAAGGAAGAUGGGAAUGAAUGUUUUACACUGUGUUCAUAAGUCAAAUGUGUACAUUCAGAGUUAUCUUGUGAAAUAAAAUGGAAAAA